CUGUCUCAAGUAGCCUAGCCUACUACAAGCCGCUAAACUAGACAGCGUGUUUGAGCUCAGUUGACUCAGACGCGUCUAUGAUCCCUAAAGUGCUCUCUCAGGAGUCAGCUCAGUCUUAUAUAGCACACAGCCUGCGGGUUUUCUGCGGGGCUUGUCUCUCGUGAGAUGAGAUGCGGGAUAAAGAUGGCUUGAGGCGCAGACACAGACAGUUCUCACCGCUCUUCGAGGCUCGAGGGAGAAGAAAGCUUCAGGAAGGAGAAGGCAUUGUGAGAGAUGAGCUUUCAGUCAGCCAUCAGCCGUGAGAUCUUUGUCCCAAGAGAUGAAAAGGUACUGGUAGCCAUCGAGGUGAGGAGGAGGAUGAAGAGGAAAGCACUGUCCUUCCUCAAUGCAGGUCGCAAGCGGGACUACCUAACCUACCUCUGCCUGUCAGUUACCAACAGCAGACCAGCUCAAGUCCUCAUUACUAAAGUUAAGAGGUUUCGAGGCACAAGACAGCUUGCUGAAAGGUCUCAGUGGUCCGUGGAGCAGCUGCGGCAGGUCAAUGGCAUCAACCCCGAUAAGGACACUCCUGAGUUCGACUUAGUGUUCGACCGCACCACUGAUCAAUGGAUGGCCAGCUCAGCUGCAGAGAAAUGCAUGUUUGUGCAGGUUCUGUACCACGCUUGUCAAAACUACUGGGAGGCCAAGCUUGCCCAAGCCAGCGCAGCAUCCCCUGCAGACCAGAAGACCCCGGGAGAAAUGGAGAACAAGAAGAGCCCUGGAGCUCCGAGCCAAACUAGCUUUGUCAACUGUCAGCAGAAGCUAAUGGGAGAUGCUUGUUCUGUUUAUAUGGUUAUCUACCGCUGCAAGAUUUUUUUGAACAGAAUGAAGAACAGUGUGGCAGCAAGCCAGGGUCAUCCUCAGCGUGAAGGAGCAGCUGUUGAAGCCUCCAGGAGCAGGAGCAGGAGCAGCGCGUCUCCUCCGACCGUGAGGAAGAUGGGGAACGUGAUGAGGAGGGCCAGUCAGGUUCUGAUGAGGGCCGCCGAUAAAACCAGCCUCUCGCUGCAUGGGGCCAGAGAGUUUGCAGAAGCUGUGCAGAAGCUGGCUCUGAAGCAGAUUUAGAGGUGUUCCUGAAGGCCUGGAAAUACACAGUUUAAUUACAAAGAAGCUCCUAAUCGUCUGGUCGCUGGAAAAUCUUCAAAUCUAACUUCUCUAAAUGCUGUUUUUGAGGGCGAAGCACUUUGUUCAGCUUCCUCUUCACCUGCAGACUGGACUCAUGUUUGUGUAUUUUGUUUUUCUUAAUGCAUUUGCAAGCCAUUGAGA